AUGGCGAACGCGCUAGCGGACCAAUUUUACCGCUUGUCCGCAGAGGCAUCUCUCCUCCCAGAGCACAUCAGGAAACGGAACGACUCCAACCUCACGGUCGACCACUCAAGGUUUGACCACGACCACUACAACUGUGACUUCAGUCUGGCCGAGCUUCGCUGGGCCACUGGAAAGGGAAAAGGAGCAUCCGAUGGUGCAGACAGGAUUGGCUACCCCAUGCUCCAGCACCUCACUGGACAAAUGGAAGAGUACCUCCUGGAACUGAUCAACACUAUCUGGAGAGCUGGCGUAAUCCCGCCGCGGUGGAAGGAGGGCCUAGUAGUCCCAAUCCCGAAAGCUAACAAAGACCCCACCCAACCGAAAAACCUGCGACCCAUCUCACUCGUGAGCUGUGUGGGCAAGACAAUGGAGCGUAUGGUGAACAGGCGGCUGACCCAGCUGCUCGAAGCCAAAGGUGUCCUCGGAAAGUGGCAACACGGUUUCCGCUCGGGCCGAGGCGUUGACACCUAUCUGACUGAGCUGGAAGAAGAGAUCGAUGCAUCAAUUGACCAAGGGAAACACACUGAACUCGUCCUACUUGACCUGGCGAAAGCGUACGACACCGCGUGGCGGGCCCCAGUCGUAACGAGCCUAUCCAAGUGGGGCAUUGGAGGAAACAUGGGGCGGUACAUGGAAGACUUCCUAUCGGACAGAACCUUCAGAGUCGUUGUCGGAGGAACUCUUUCCUCUCUGAGAGUGUCCGAAAAUGGAGUCCCCCAGGGAACGGUAAUCGCGGUAACGGCAUUUCUAAUUCGCAUGAUGGAGGUCGAACCUUUCGUGGCCGAAGGGGUCAAGCUCAAGAUGCACGCCGACGACAUCCUUCUGUCAACCACGGGCUGGAAAGCCGGCGAAGUCCGAAGCAGGGCUCAGAAGGCGGCUAAAGCAGUGGAGGCUUGGUCCACGCUGUACGGCUUCCAACUAUCCUCGAGCAAAUCAGAGCUGAUCCACAUCUGCCGGAAAAACCGUCACCUUGACUUCCCGGACAUCACGACCGACGAAGGCAGGAUCGAUACGGUGAAAAACGCCAAAUUACUAGGAAUCCACAUGGACAGCCGAUUCCGGUUUUGGAAGCACAUCGAAGCCACAAGAAGAAGCGUAGCAAGCCACAACCGAGCACUGGCCGUCCUCGGCGGUCACCUCGCCGCCGGCGCCCGAACCACGAUGCUAAUGGCACAGAAGGCCAUCGUCCAGUCGAAGAUCUUCUUCGGAUGGGGAGCCAUCAGCAACGCCAGCAGCUCUAGACGUCUAGAGCGUCUGGAAGCCUGCUACAACGCUGGUAUACGAUCAGCAUCCGGAGCUUUCAAGUCCAGCCCGAUCCUCGCCAUCAUGGCGGAAGCGGGCGUGCUACCCUUCCGCUACCAAGAAGCCUUGACUCUGACCAGCAAAGAAACUCAAAUCCAAGCCCUGGCGGAACCAGGGGUAGAACGCGCUGUGUUUGCCCGAUCUCAAGCGAGGUUUGGUGAGCUCACUAAUCACGAACUUCCCGACGUUGCCAGAGUUCUCCGAACCUCUGACCGCACCUGGAACGUACCAACACCACGGAUUGACUGGAGAAUGCACCAAAUAGUUCGCGCGGGGGACAGCCACACCAAAGUGGCGGCAGCAUUCUGCGAAAUCGUCCAAAGCUACCAAGCGCACCGAAGAAUCUUCACCGACGGAUCGUUGAAGGACGGGGUAGUGGGAGCCGGCGUCGUUGACGGCGCCACGCAGAUCACCUUCCGCCUUCCGGAACAAUGCUCGGUUUUUUCUGCGGAAGCACUGGCGAUAGUGAAGAGCCUGGAGAACACCAUCGAGGACGGAAGCCGCCUUGCCAUCUUUUCGGACUCUCUCAGUGUCCUUACAGCAGUAGAGAGUGGAAGCUCAAAACACCCGUGGGUACAACAAAUCGAAGAACUGAUGUACGAACGUGAAGUCACCCUCGUCUGGAUCCCGGGCCACACCGGCAUUGCCGGCAACGACCUGGCGGACGAGGCGGCGAAGCGGGCCAACGAACUGGAACCAGUCGACUUUCCUGUGCCCCGACAGGAUCUUCUGCUCUGGGCGCAUGGAAAAAUUAAAGCAGCCUGGGAGAGGGAGUGGCUUGGCCAAAGAGAUACUUUUCUCCGCCGGAUCAAGCCCACAACCAUCGCAGGCAAAGACCGCAGUGACCAGGAAGAACAGAGAGCAUUCACCAGAUUGCGCAUCGGCCACACACGGCUGACGCACGGCGACCUUUUCAAAACCGGCGGGAAAACGUGUACAACUUGUGGGGUCCCCCUCACCGUUGCUGGAGUGCCGAAAGUACAACAACGAACGAGCCAAAAACGAGAUCGACACCAACCUCGGUAUCGUGCUUGCCAACGAAACUAA